GCGCCCGUCGAGUUGACACCGUCCCCCGUCACGAGCGAGAGUCAGUCAAGUGUCCGUGGCCGAAGCGCUAGUGCCAUGGUAGUGUACUUUAUGUGAGUUCAGUGCUGAAAGUGUACAAUGGGUCUCCUUGGAUGUUUGCUGGCCACUGUGUCUAUAGUUUGCGCUCAACAAGGUCAAGACUACUUCUAUAACACAGCCGGGCAACACCCGAGGUACUUGGCAUAUCAGCAGCCGUCCCUUCAGCACAACACUCAGCAGCAGAUUGCUGAUUACUUCUCUCAGUCCAGUGGUGCCUUCGAUCCGUUCCGAAUUUCGCCGUCGCAAAGUUCGCGACAACACGAGUUCCAGCCGAUCCAACCGUCGCAGUACCAGUUCCCUCCUAGCAGAUCUUCUCUACAGCAAUUUGAGAACUUCCCCUCCAGGUCUGCUCCAACACCGACACAAUUCGUCCACACAAACCAACAUCUUCCCCAACCGUUCCAGCACUUUCAAUCGUCUCAAGACAAUACCAAUUCUCAGAGAAACGGCUUUGAUGUGCCACUAGGACACACGACAAGGUUCCAGAACACUGUUUCUAUUCAGAAACCUACCUACCAAAGUCAACUUCAAGAUGCGUUCAUUGGGAUUCAAAAUACAGAGGAUGAAACGGGACGCACCACUCAGAGCUAUGUGAACGUGCAGCAUCCACAGGGCUUAAUAGACCAACUAUCUCCCUUAGUACCGAAUAGAUGGAAACAAACGCAGUCUUCCCUGAGUGCCCCUCCUGUGACUAGUAGUAGGAGGCUCAAGCGGCCCGAGCUUACGCGAACCAACGCUGGGGACCACGAUGAUGAUCUUGCUUUAAACAUUUUUGUGGACCAAAAUUUAGAUAACGAUGAAGAAAGAUUGCCUGCAACAUCUGCUUCUAGUUCACCUUUAGACAUAUUUACAAAAUAUAAAGAAAACAAGCGAGGGGAACAAAAUAACAGGAAGAAGGUGGGUAAUAGAAUACAACCAGUUGCUACGGAAACUGAAUCUCCCCCAAAACUGAGGAAAUAUCCUGACUUUCCAAGGGGAACACCAGCUAUACCUAAGACAACUGCAAGACCUGAGACAAGUACACAAACAUCUUACAGAAUUACUACUUUAAGAAGUAAAUAUAAUAAUAUCAGGUUAAAACCUACUACGUAUACGCCUCCGUCACCAGCGAGUAUAUUAGAGAAACGCCAAAAAAACAGAACUGGUCAACCUACCCAAGAUAGCAAGUUUUUAGUGAGCCAAAAAAAUAACUUUCGUUAUAUCCCUAGCACAACAAAUAAUCCAGAAGAAAACGUUAAUGUACGUGAUUAUUCUUCAGAAUUUGGUCGCCCUAUAGUAAAAAAGACACAGAAAGAAAGCUUUGCGCCAGUACCAAGAAAUUCUUGGAAAGCUUUUCCAAGUCCUGCGAUUACUAAAUAUAGCCUCGAUGAUCAAAGUGAUGUACUCAGUACUGACCAAGGAAAAAGUCAUAAGUAUUCAGAAGAUGAUGGAUUGGAAUAUGAAUAUUCAAUUGAAAAUACUGAUGAAAUUCCUGGAUUGGAGGAAUCUUAUGUCGAAUUUGAAGAUGCUUCACCAUCACCUGUUACUUAUGAUGACGUCGACAUUCAUCCUGAUAAUAAAACUAUUAAUCUUACAGCAAAGAAUGAGAAAAACUCGAGUUUUGAUGUUCUCACGAUGAAUGAUGACCACGUUUUAGUUUCCGAUGAAAAUUUCCGUGAUUUUGUUGACAGUAGUUUAAUAGACUCCUCAGAGCAACCACACACAGAUCCACCAGUUAAAGAACCCACGGAUGCUCCUCUUUCUGUUCAACAAACUGUAACAGAAAAGACAUCUCAUAACGUAUCCACAACCACAGAAGAAUCAAAAGAAGAAGCCAAAGAAUCAUCCACAGUGAUCCCGGUGGCUGAUGAUCAUGAUCAAGUGAAAGCUCCUCCAAGUGCUAAUGUAUCAGAACCUAAAGGCGAGGACGAAGAAGCCGCUACUGAAAGCUGGGUUAUAAUUGCAUCAGUUCAGACAAGUCGAAGUGUGUCAGGAGCAAGAUUCUUACCCGGAACUGUCACUCAGCAAGAAUCUCCUAAACCUCUCAUACCAAAAUCAUCAAUAUCAAAAGAUGUAAAUCAUUUAGAAAAAAGUAAAGUAAACUCUACAUCAAAUAGUGGUGUGUUGACUUCAACCAAAACUUCGACUUCAACCAAAACCUCGAUAAACCCUCCAGACGCAGAUCCAACAUCGGAAUUGCCUGAUGAAAAAGCACCUGAAACAGUAGUUCCAACUGCAAGCUCCAGUCCUGUAUCCUCAACAGAAAGUAUUAUAGACAAGUUAGACAGAGUGCAGUCAGAGUUAUCUAGUGGAAUCCUUAGUGGAGGCUUUCGACCAGAUGGAAAUAAACUGCAUCUUGAAGUUUUGCCAGAGAUGACGUCAGAAAAUUCUACAUCAACUAGUACAUCUACUACAACAACAACAACUACAACAACAUCGACAACAACCACUACAACAACCACUACAGAACCAACCACAGCAGGUUCUCCACCUGUAAUCAUUAGAAAAUUUAACCCGUCCGCUCGAAGAACUACAGUAAGACCUAAGCCUAUUCCGAGAGGUACAACAACAAAGAAACCAUCUAUUUUAGAAAAUAUCCAAUUCGAUGACUUGACUGGACUAUUGCCUCCAGGUUUCAAAGUGAGAAAUUCGUUCACACCUAAGAAAGGUAUUUCAACAUCUACUACGACAGAGUCAUCUGCUGAGAUGCAGGGAGACGAACCUUCAAAAUCUUCAAACACUUCAAGGACAGGCAGUGGCAGAUCGACAGAUCCUUCUGGUUUGCCCAACAAAAUAAAAUUUGAAGACGUUUCCGGUUUCCUUCCUCCUGGAUAUAAGAAACCCACCGACGUCUCUACAGAGAGCUCAAAACCGAAAGGAAUAGAAAACAUCUUAAGUAAAUUAAAGUUCCAGGACGUAAGUUCUCUUCUACCUCCAGGAUUUAAGCCAAAUAAAUCCGAAUCUGAGUCUGAAUCAGGCAAUAUGAAAUCAAAGGAGGCAAAAGUUCCUAAAGUAAAUUUCGAAGUACCAAGUAAUCUUCUCCCACCUGGUUAUAAACCUAAAGAUGAUUCCAAUGCCACAAAGGUGUCAAAGGUGGAUUUAUCUGCGCUAUUACCACCAGGAUAUAAACUGUCUACAGAAGAGCCAAAAGAAGCAUCGACAUCAGUUCUGGACUCGAUUUUAAACAAAGUUAAAUUUAAAGACGUUUCCGAUCUAUUACCACCCGGAUUUAAAAGUAACGACACAAGUUCCAUCCCGUUAUCUGUGCCUGAUAGUGAUAUCACUACAACUCCAAGCGGAGCUAUUAAAGUAGUCUUUCCUAGCAGGCCAGGAGGAGGUAGAAAGGCACCUGCCAGAAGUUCAUCUAGCGUGAAGUCUGCAGGUGGCAUUGGGCCUUUACAACCAAAAAUUCAGAAAGGAUGGCCUACAAGAGCCACGACGGAGUUCACAGGCUGGCCAACCGUCUCGACCACUCCACUGUCCAUAGAGAAGAUUCUGGCGGCGGCGAAGACGGCGAGCACGCCAGUGGACAGUACUAGCAGUACCACGACUACGACGACCACAACGACGACCACUACGACCACCCCGGCACCCACCACCCCUGGGGUGUGUACCGAGGACUGCGAUCUAGCGGCUACCAUCAAACUGGUCGGCGGUGCCAAGUGGGUGCCAGAACUGCUCGACCACAACACCCAGGAAUGGCAAACCCUCGCCAACGAGGUUCGCGAUCAGCUCGAAAGUGUGUACAGCAGUUCUGAAGCGCUUAGCAGAUGGUACAAAAAAAUAACGAUCGACGCAUUCAGCGAGGGCAGUGUUCUGGUGGACUACUUCGUGGAACUGACAGACCUGGGCCGCACAGUCAACACGGCCGACAUGCGGCGACUGUUCCAUGACGCUCUGAAGCAGGCCACGGUGGACCAUGAGGCACUCUCGGGGGGCGACACCCUCACUGCUCACAACACGUCGGAGUUCAAAAUGGGAAAAUUUGUGGUCGACCCCAAGUUCACAUCUUUUGUGGUUCUGCCCAAGCAAGAAAUACCCACAGUGGGAAUGGCGGAGGAGGAUGGGUUCUUGCCGCAGUGGGCCAUCGCUGUCAUAGUCAUCGGACUCGCCUCUUUGUUGUUUGUGAUCAUCUUCGGAGUUACAGUGCUGGUGAAUCGCCACAACAGCGCUAAGAAAAAGCAGCCCGUGGCCCUCACAGAGGACAUGUUGAACGAGCUCAACAAGAACCAUAUGGGCGGACUGGACAACUAUGGGGCAGAAGACCUUUACAACAUGGAAGAUGUCUGGAACGACAAACCCACAAAGAAGAGAUCAUCAGCGUCAUUGCAAGAGAACAGCAUGGCCAACCUCUACGACAGUUGGAGGUCCGAGUGGAACGGCUACUACUACAACGCCGCCUACUACGGAGGGAACGGUGGUGGCAGCAGUGCUGGCUACGGCAGACGACGAUCUGACUAUGAUACCAAUUUCUGAGGCCAGUUUAGAUUUUACUGUCGGAGAUAUUCAAGCUAAUCCAGCUGAUCAGAGGAAGCACGGGUGUUCCUGUGGUCUCAGUUGGUUUUACAUCAGUCAAGGUUCAUUUGUUUCAAAACAUUGCAUUUUUACAGGGUAUCGUAAAAAUUUGAGAAUGUUUUUGGUGUUGAGGUUCCUCUGGUCGAAUUGUCGAGCUUUGACUUGAUGUACUCAGCAUUGAAUAAUCUCCGAGUAAAAUCGAUGUAAAGUCAGUGACACUAAAGAGGGAAGCGGCUCUAAGCCCAUUGUUACCAAGCUCCAGCCAGCUGCUCAAGAGAGAGGUUUGGUCGCUCUAGUCACUCCAACAAGCGAUCAUGUACGCCACUUCUUACAUACCUAACGUUUAUAUCCUAAGUAACAACUACACUUAAUUUUGUACAGGUGGCAGAUGCAAUGAUUACGUUUUUUAUAACUUUGUUGUAAUUGAUUUCUGUGAUUUUUCAUGUACUGUACUGACAAUUUGUGUUUAUUUUAGAACUACAUUUUGGACACUUUAAAGAUUCAUACAGAAUUAACUGUCUCUUAGGUGUAUUUUGGGUGUUUCAAUUUUUCAGCAAAUUUAUAAUUGGCAUGCAUAUUUGGAAAAAAAUACUAAGUACAAUAUAUUAUACUUAAUGAAUGUGUAUAAAUAGUUUUAGGUUGAUGUUUCUAAUUUGCUUAACAUAAUUAUUCCUCUUGAUUGAUGUAUGUUGCCUCUUAUGCGGUGUUAAUAUAUUUUAUUGACAGUGUGAUAUGUUUUGGUUCCAAGAAUUUGUCAUUCUAUUGUUGUACAGUAAAAUAAGCUAUUAGUUGUUGCCAUAAACACUAUCAAUAGGCUUUGAGCCUUUGUGUUUUCUUAAAAAUUUUGAUGUUUGAUUGUUAUGAUAAUAAUUGUAUGUUUUGUAUAUUUCUCUGUCUGUCUGUGAACCCAUAAUCGAAUGACUGUUGUGUAAAAACCUAUUUUAUUUUGAUAAUUUUAGUCAUCUUGAGUAGAAGUGUAUACUUUAAUUCUAAUUGAUAUUGUUUAAGCAGUAUAUUCUUAUUUUGUAAAAUAUAUUUAAAUGUUUGUAAUAGUAUUAUUGUAAUACCGCAUAAUUUAUAGUUUUAUUUUUGUAAAUCUUUAUAUAGAAAAAUUGCUUAAGAACAUUACAUUUUGUGAAAACUCAAUCUUGAUAAAAUAUUGUUAAAAUGAAAAGUACAUUCAAUAUCAAACAUUCUUUUACAAUAACUACUAUUAGUCCAUUCACAGAGGACUUACAUUAUUAUAUUAGUAGUUAGUGCGGCUAUAAGUAAAAUACAAGUGAUUGUAGAAAAUGCAUAAUAGACCAAUAGUGCAUGAGAUCUUUUUAAGAACUUUUCUGCACGUUCUUGUGAGCCUUUACAAAAUUUGCAAUUCCAAGGCCUAAGUAAACCGGGAUCUCGAAAUGCCUAUUAGAAAAAUUAGAUUACAUUUAAUACUAGCUGUAUUAAUUACAUAUCAUGGUUUUACGUGGACUUGUAAAAGCCUAGCGUAAGAGUGGAAUCCAACCGAUUGCACAUAUUUUAAUAUUUAAUAAUAGAAAUUUUGUCUCAUUAAGUGAGAUAUAUAGGUCUAGAUCUAUUCACUAACUACGAUAUUACUUUUUUAUUAUUAAUUAGACCGUCUAUUAAAAUUAAUUCUUCGCUGCACUGCAAUACACAAAAACAUGUGGCAAGGCUUCUAGACAUGUAUGAAUAAUCUGUUCAGAAAGGUGCAGUAAUAUUUGUCUUUAAUAAAAUUGCAUUAAUAGUACUUUAUUAUAUUAGCAUUAGUGACAAGUUAAAGUUUUCAACAAUACUCAGAAAAUUAUAUGUCUCAUACAUGAUACCUAAUAUUUACUAUUGUAACAACUGUCCAACAUUCAGAAAAUACCUUUUUUAUCAAUUCUAUUUGUAUGAUAUUGUAUGUAAAUAAAUAUACAUAUAUAUUUUAAUAA